GGUUUAGACCGGAAGUGCCAGGUGUGAUUGAAGCCAGUUUGACAUUGGUACUGACUGUUGCUGUACCAUACCCAAACAAGACUUUCUGUCAUAUCACUCAGUCACUGGUAUUUACUUCUGUGCUUAAAAUAUCACAACGACUGGACUUGGCUAAUUCGAAAGCACAGCUAUGUGCAGCUGUGUACGGAGCUCCAGGGCUCUGUCCCCUGUCCUGCUCCCCAGGCUGCUGCAUCCCCAGACGGGGUAUAGAUUGGCCAGCAGGGGCCUCUGGACAUCACCCCAGUGUAUGGCUGUCAGUGGAGACUCCCAGCUGCUCCCAUUGCCCAGCCAAGCCAGUGUGGUGAUCUGUGGAGGUGGUGUUGUGGGAACAUCAGUAGCCUACCAUCUGGCCAAAAUGGGCUGGACUGAUAUAGUGCUGCUGGAGCAGGGCAGACUUGGCGCAGGAACAACCAGACUGUGUGCUGGCAUUGUCAGCGUGGCAAAGCCUAUUUCCAUUGAGUGCAAAAUGGCGAGCUACUCCAAUAGUCUUUACCAGCAGUUGGAGGAGGAGACUGGGGUCAAAACAGGGUAUGUGAAGACAGGAUCUCUGUGUCUAGCCCAAAAUCAGGAUCGCUUCCUCUCUCUGAAGCGCUUGGCAUCCCGACUAAGGGUAAUGGGGAUCAGCUGUAACAUCAUUAAGCCUAAAGAGGUGGCCAAACUCCACCCUCUUGUUAACAUUCAUGACCUGGUGGGGGCGCUCCACCUCCCUGCAGAUGCUGUGGUGUCUCCACCUGAUGUUAACCACGCCUUGGCUGUGGCUGCUGCUGGACAAGGGGUUCAGAUACUGGAGCGAACCAGUGUUCAGCAGGUUCUGGUAGAGAAGGGUCAAGUGAUGGCGGUGGAGACUGACCGUGGUUCCAUUGAGUGUAAAUAUUUCGUCAACUGUGCUGGACAGUGGGCUUAUGAGCUGGGCCAGGCUAGUGAGAUGAAGGUGUCGGUUCCUCUUCAUGGCUGUGAACACUUCUACCUCCUCACCAAACCUCUCCAGGAGCCACUUCCACCCAGCACACCAGUGGUGAUCGAUAUGGACGGCAGGAUAUAUGUGCGGCCAUGGCAGGGAGGCCUUCUGUCAGGGGGCUUUGAGAAGAACCCUAAACCCAUCUUCACUGAGGGCCGCAACCAGCUGGAGAUCCAGAACAUGCAGGAGGACUGGGACCACUUUGAGCCAAUGCUCAGUGCCUUGCUGAGGAGAAUGCCAGGUCUUGAGUCACUUGAGAUCCAUCAGCUAGUCAACUGUCCGGAGUCCUUCACCCCUGAUAUGCGCUGCCUGAUGGGGGAGACGCCGGGUGUCUCUGGCUACUACGUGCUGGCAGGGAUGAACUCCUCUGGCCUGUCCUUUGCUGGAGGAGCUGGCAAGUAUCUGGCAGAGUGGAUGACCUAUGGCUACCCCACUGCCAAUGUGUGGCCACUGGACAUCAAACGCUUUGGCAAUCUGCAGAGCAGCCGAACCUUCCUGCGUCACAGAGUAAUGGAAGUCAUGCGUGAGUAUUUUGAACUGUUAUUUUAUGGAAGGUUCCUCGCUAAGGGACUUUCAGACUGGAUUAAAGGUCAGCUUUACUGCUGGACCAGUCCUCUGUAUGACCGUCUGGACACCCAGGGAGCUCGGUGGAUGGAGAAGCAUGGUUUUGAAAGGCCCAAAUACUUUGUUCCUCCAGGGAAAGAUCUGCUGUCUCUGGACCAGAGUAAGACCUUCUACAAGCCGGACUGGUUUGACAUUGUUGGAGCAGAAGUGAAAUGCUGCAAAGAGGCCGUCUGUGUCAUCGACAUGUCCUCCUUCACUAAGUUUGAGCUGACUUCAACAAGGGACCAGGCCCUGGACCUGCUGCAGCAUCUGUGUGCCAACGACCUCGAUGUUCCUGUUGGACACAUCGUUCACACCGGAAUGCUUAAUGAGAGGGGAGGCUAUGAGAAUGACUGCAGCGUGGUCCGCCUCAGCAAGAACAGCUUCUUCAUCAUCUCUCCGACAGACCAGCAGGUCCACUGUUGGUCCUGGAUAAAGAAACACAUGCCCAAUGACCCACACCUCCACCUAGAGGACGUCAGCUGGAAGUACACUGCUUUAAAUCUGAUUGGACCUCGUGCAAUGGAUGUUCUGGCUGAGUUGUCAUAUGUUUCCAUGACACCUGACCACUUCCCCUCCAUGUUCUGUAAGGAGAUGAGUGUUGGCUAUGCCAAUGGGAUCAGAGUGAUGAGUAUGACUCACACUGGGGAACCAGGUUUCAUGCUCUACAUCCCUAUAGAGUAUGCACUGCAUGUGUACAACGAGGUGAUGUCAGUGGGUCAGAAGUAUGGGAUUCGUAAUGCGGGGUACUACGCACUGCGCAGCCUACGCAUAGAGAAAUUCUUUGCCUUCUGGGGUCAGGACCUUGACACCUUCACCACCCCGCUGGAGUGUGGACGAGAGUUCAGGGUUAAGUUUGACAAGGACACGGAUUUCCUUGGUCGUGAGGCCUUGCUGCAGCAGCGUCAGGAUGGUGUGUUUCGGCGGUUCGUCAUGCUGGUUCUAGACGACCAUGACACUGAGCUGGACCUGUGGCCAUGGUGGGGCGAGCCCAUCUACUGUAACGGUCAGCUAGCUGGGACGACCACCAGCAGCGCUUACAGCUACACUCUGGAGCGCCACGUCUGCCUUGGCUUUGUAUCUCCGCCGCUAGGCCCCGAGGGGCUCCCCACACCCAUCACCCCAGACUUCAUCAACCGUGGGGACUACGAGGUGGACAUUGCUGGCCAGCGCUACCCAGCCAAAGCCAAACUCUACCCCUUCAGCUCCCUCUUUACCCAGCAAAAACGCCGCAAGGAAGACAUGGAGUUCACCAACCUCCAGGGAAAAUGAUAGAGUAAUAGAAGGACUCGCUUUUGCCUCAGUAGGGGCUUCUGUGACACUCCUUCAGUUCACCAAAUCCACUCCAGCACUUACCUCGCAGUGCCAACCUAUCGUCCCUUUUCUAGCUCCUAAUCCGAGGGCUGUAUGCACAAUCACUCCUUGUCCCUCUUAUAUUUAACGUUGCAUCUCCCUCUGUCAAAGUGCAAUAUUUAAGAGGCACUAAAUGCUUGCGCUGUAUCAAAUACGGAGCUCCUGUGUCAUCAAAUUCUUCAGUUCUUCUCAAACACAGUCCACAGUCUCAUUGGCUGGUUUACUGAGACAGUCUGCGGUUAAGUGCCUUUGUCAAGGCAACAUCAACAACAUGUGUUGAGGACUCUCACUUUGUUCACUUUAACACAUCCAGAAGGGAUUUUGACUGACAAUCUUCUCCAGUAGUGUUCCAGUCACAUGUAACGUUUCGACACGGCACAGUCUGGAAGUCUGAAAGAAAUGUCAUUCAAUGCUGAUGUGCAAAUGCCUACAGUCAGUUUUGGCGUAGACUUUAUUGUCAUUUUGCAAAUUGUACAUUUGCUGCUGUAAAGAAUAUAAGUGAUGUGAUGUGGCCUAAUUCAGAUACUUUAAACAGUCUACCAUAAUCUCCACUACGUUACCCUUAACAAUGAAGGAAACUAUCCUUCUUAGUCAGGGGAAAAAAGGCCUGGAAAAGCCACAGGAAAGAAUCAGGAAGCCUAAUUAGUAAACUGUUGUUUUGUGUGCCGCCCAUUACUCCUCUUCCAGUCCUGUUGAAAAGGCUUCCCAGGCUCUCCUAAAAGCCUCAGCAUAAAGCAAAAUGACCCUUUUCCCCUUAAUAAUGUCUGUCAUCAGCUUUCAGCUGUUCUGCUUGUUAUUCUGCUGUGAGUCACCCUUGUGGUAAUGCAUUUACGGUAAUAUAAUCCGACCUGUUAUUUAUGUGUUCUGGUUGUUUUGAAGUAGUGUUGCGCUUUAUUGGUGUGUUGCUGAAUGUGUGGCUGAUGUUAGGUGACCCAUAGAUGAGGGAAGGCAGAAUGGGAAAGCUGCGUCUGGAGCUGUAAUCCCAGACAUGUUGGUUGGAGUCCACAAUAUCUUACACUGGUGAUUACAUUGGUUUGAUUGUCCUGAUCCAGAGUUAUGAGGUUUGUGCAAAGAAAGGACUUCAUUGCGAUUUGAAAUAAAGCAAUGUAUUUUUGUAUAGCUAGUGUGUAUAAAUCUCUAUUUUCAGUACUAGACAUUUUUUCUAGUUCUAAGUUAUACUGCCAUGUAAAUCAUCUGUAUUUUGGUCAGUUGUUUCAAUCUUGCAGUUGUCCUUCUGAUUGUUUUUAUUAUUUCAAAUGCUUUCCUGUAUUCUGUACAUGUAGAUGUCACGUGUCAGCAGCAGAUUGAUGUUUUCCUACAUGUGCAUGUCUACACAUCUUUAAAAUAAAAAGUCAAAAGUCAGGGAGAGCUACAGAGCAGUCGGCCUGGGGCCAGUAGGGAUUCAGUGUGUUGCUCACAGAAACUUCGAACAAAUGUUGAAUUAACCCAGCCAAUCACAUUAUACUGUGCAAAUAGUUGAGCAACUUGAGUGUUUUAUUAGUGUGAGUACUGUGUGUUUCCCAAACUGCGCGUUCAUCUGCUGGGAACCUUAAAGUUAGAUUGACUGGCUAAAUGCUCGAGAGGCAGAUUGUUUUACUCAAUUAUAAAUAACUUAUUUCGGGCGUUUAGAAAUGUUUAGUGAUUAAGUGUGCUUGAGGACGGUAGCAAAUGCUAAAAUGAAAGGCAAAAUGUAAACACCAGACAGACACACCAGGGAAAACACACUGCACUAACUCCCAGUGAUGGACCGGCCUUUGAAUAGACAGAUUAACUCUAGACCACAUCAGUUAUUAAUGUUUCGCAAUGAGUCUUUUUUUUGAAUUAUAAUCAGUGGAGUAACAAAAUGCUUGUUCACAGUGUAUCUCCAACUCUUUGUCUAAACCUGUAAUUUAUAUGGUUGGAAAAUGCACACGUUGGUCCUUAGUAUUUGCUCGGUUUAAAUACUGUACAAGCCUUUUUUAUUUUAUUUCAUUGUUUCUUAAAAUCCUCCUGAUCGCAGGAGAAGGGGAUUCUCCGAAGCACUUCUAAAUUGCACUCUCUUGUAGUUAGGAUAUUGCCGAAAUCAGAUGCUGUGUUGUCAAACAGGAAUAAGGAAAGCCUCACCAAAUCUUCAAAAACGUCGCUCUGUGUUCUGCUGCUCAACUGAUAUACAAUGUACUCAUUGGUUUCUGGUAUAUAACAUAAAACUCAGAAUGGAUCCAAGAAAAAGAAAGCAGCUGCAACGGGGAGUCGCUUAUAAAGGGCUAAUUUAUCUUCAUGUGUGUUAUGUUUGUAAAAAUUGUUCAUAUUAAAUUAAUUAAUUAAUUAAAAGCUUUUGCAUGUGAGAGUGCAGUGGAUCAUUAUCCGUCUUUGCAUCAGAGUCCAGUCUGGAUUCAUUCAGUUUCACUGCGGUUACUGUAGUGCUGUGACCUGACCUGGUACUGUAAUACUGGUCUCUAAACCAGUUGUACUCUGCAUUGGCUUAUGUGACAAACUUCUGGGGACUCAUGUAUACAAGAAUGUAACACGUUAGACUUUCUAAAAAAAAUAUGUUCCGUUUUCUCAUCAGUAUUGUAUAAAUAAGGCCCCAUUAAUUAAGUUAAUUUAUGGUGUCCCUUUACGUUAAUGCACUUUUGGCAGAGCUCAGCAAGUCCCCAUCUUGUAUCAUCUCUGACAGCUUCAUAUCCAAGAGUUGAGUAGCUGUGAGGACACCUGGAUUCUGUGUGAAGGUGACUGAAACAAACAAACUGCUGUGUUGACACUGAUCACAUGACCUUUUAGGUCAUUUCAGCUGUUAUGAUUUUCUUUUUCAACUGUCUGACUAUAUUGUUGAAUGAUGGUCCAGAACAUUUGCACUAAAUAAGGGCAGCCGGCUGGUUUUUUUCUUCUUUUUUUCUUACUGUAUGCAGUCACAGGUUUUCUAUGGUACUCUAUAUAUUUGGAAUUUGACAAUUUUAUUGUAUUUCAGUGGUUAAAAAAACCCUCUAAAAAUAUGGCCUCCGGAAACACAGUAACACUUCAGCUAUAGCUGAAUAUCAAGUAUAACGUAUAUCAUCCAAAACGUUGAAGGCAAAAAUCAGUAACUAGCAAAAAUGUAAUGUUAGUGGAGGUCUGGAAAAGUCUGUUGUAAUGAUCACUAAUCGGUGAAGUGGUAGUGUUGUCUGCGUCAGUGCUCAAACACAGUGGCAUUCCACACCACUGGGUAAUGGUUUGGUGCAUGUUUGUCUUUAAUGUUCCCAUUUUAACACUACCUGUGCUGGACUGAUCUGUAAAUGCCAGAUUUUUCUCCAGAGCUUUACAAAAAUGUAUUUAUAUCAUGUUAAACAGCUGUUUGACUGUCUAAUGUACUUAACAGUAAAAUAUAAAGAGAACUUUGUUCAUACAAGAA